CGCACUGCAGUCUAUGGGUGCUGCGCACACAAUACUCCUGCUUUUAUUCACUUAACUGAGAGAUAAUGCCACUCAGGGACCUUGGUCCUUGGAGGUCAUGGAUAGUGCGCAACGUUUUUGAAGUCCGGCUGGAAGUUAGUUUUGAAAUAUUCUUCCAGACUUCAAGGUUCUGGGUGUUUUCACUGUGUCAUUCGGGUUUCAUUCUCGGUUUUAUCUAAGAUUACAUUCUAUAGUUUUGCAAUACGGCCACGUUAUAAAACAUUUAAUAAACGGCCUACCGAUACUCUUUGUUGUACAUAGUCGCUGCAGCAACUAGCAGGAAUAAACGUUUCUUUUAUCGUAGGAUCUAAAAGGUACCGUUUUGCCCAACCUUACACGUAUUCCUGAUGCCCAGUCUGAUCAUUACUAAGGAUGAAGAUAUUUUGAGGAAAGCUAAUGAGGAAUAAUGAAUGGAGUCAGUUUCAACCAUACUGAGCCAAUGAAUCUAGGCUCACCUCCGAGUUCAAACAAUUCUCCAGGUGCUUACCAGUAUCUCCCAGGAUUUCUUAUGAAUGAAAAUCCACUGGUUGUAAACCCAGUUGCAACCAAUCCGUUUACAGAAUCUAAAGUUUCGCGUCAAAAUCCUGUUUCCCCUCUAUGUGGGAACUCACACAACAUGCCAGUUCCUCUGCAUAGUGGGAAUAAGCUGCAACCAAGAUGUCUAAGUCAAACAGGUGAAUCGGUUGGGCGUCGUCUUACAUCUCCUCCAACACGAAGUAUGUGGUCGACUGUUAGUGGCACUGGUGUUCGUGCAAACAAUACUGUAGACAGUCUUGGAGGAUUAAAGCAUAGCACACCAAAUUACUCUACUGGUGCAUCAGUUAACCCAUCAGUUAAAAGGUUGGGUGUUGCUAGCCCUUUUCAAUCACCUGCUGAACCAAGUUAUCAUCGUAACCCCCUCCAUAAUAUUGUAAAUAAGACAACACCUUUAAUUGGAUCACCGCUUCAUAACAACAGUGUCGUUUUAAAUCCAAACGAUGGUAAUGCAAACAAACAAGAUGGUCUUUUAACUCCUGAUCGUUUGGCUGAAGCACUGUUUACACAUCAAAGUUCUAACGAUAUUGAUAGUGCAAAUCCAAACGAUUGUUGGGUAACAGUUUUCGGGUUCCCUCCGCCUCGUGCAGCUUUCAUUCUUAAUCAAUUUGCUCAACUCGGUACAAUUGAAAAACAUGUGAUUACGAAUAGUGGUAACUGGAUGCAUAUCAAAUAUCAGAACAGGAUGCAAGCUCGUUGUGCUUUGAAUAAAAAUGGCAAAGUAUUUGGUGAUAAUAUAAUGGUCGGUGUAUCUGUGUGUACUGAUCCGCAAGUCAUGAAUGGAGAAACGUCUGGUCUAUUUUGUAAACAGACAAACACUAGCAAUAUCAAUGAUUCUAUAUUCCUUAGUCCAUCGAAUCAUGUUAGGCGUGGUGUCGAUGAGAACAAUCAAGCGAUUGGAACUGUGAAUAAAACUCCACUUCGAGAUUUAGGUGGACUAAGGUCUAAUGUUGGUGACAACUCAACAAAUAUUGGGACUGAUUCUAAUCACACUUUUUCAGAGAGACCAGUAGGCAAUAUUGGCAGACAUAAUUCAAUGCGAUCACUGGCUGCAUCUACACGACCGACGAAUUUAUCAAGAACAACAAGUGUUCGACAGGACAAAGAUUCAGGAUUACUUUCUAAAGCAUUGGGCUAUAUGUUUGGCUGGUCAUAAAUGCGUGCAUCCUUCCUAAAGCUGACUUAUAUUGAUGAAUAUUUUCAUCUUGGAUUACUGCCAGUACGCAGAGGCUUGUGUUUUUAUAAUUAUCUCCGUCUUAUCUCUAAUGCUCAAUAAAAUUAUAGGACUGUUCUUGUAAAA